AUGGCGGCCGCUGUAGCUGCGGCCACAGCGCACGCUCGCCCCUCUCACGUUGUCGCGCUCUGGCCUCUUAAAACGCCCGUCCCCCGCUCUCCCCUCGACCAAUCAGCGGCCUUGGGGGGCGGCGCUUCGGUCCAAACUUUCCGCGGCGCCAUCGGCAGAAAACUAAACCGAGAUGGACUCUCCCGGUUUGAACCGUCAAAUUCUGAUUUUUCCUGUCAACGCGGUGGACUGCAGAGCUCUAUGCCAGCAGUGAUGACAAUGUUAGCGGACCAUGCAGCUCAGCAGCUGCUGGACUUCAACCAGAAACUGGACAUCAACCUCCUGGAUAAUGUGGUGAACUGUUUGUACCACGGCGUGGGGCCACAGCAGAGAAUGGCUCAGGACGUGUUGACUCACCUGAAGGAGCAUCCAGACGCCUGGACCCGAGUCGACACCAUCCUGGAGUUCUCCCAGAACAUGAACACCAAAUACUAUGCUCUUCAGAUUCUGGAAACUGUUAUCAAAACCAGGUGGAAGAUUCUGCCCCGGAAUCAGUGCGAAGGUAUAAAAAAGUAUGUUGUGGGUCUCAUUAUCAAGACUUCUUCAGACGCAUCAACGGUGGAGAAAGAAAAAGUUUACAUUGGGAAACUCAACAUGAUCCUGGUUCAGAUCCUGAAGCAGGAGUGGCCGAAGCACUGGCCGACCUUCAUCAGUGACAUCGUUGGAGCGAGUCGCACGAGUGAGAGUCUGUGUCAGAACAACAUGAUCAUCCUCAAGCUCCUGAGCGAGGAGGUCUUCGACUUCAGCAGCGGACAGAUGACCCAAGUGAAGGCCAAGCACCUCAAGGACAGUAUGUGCAACGAAUUCUCCCAGAUUUUCCAGCUCUGUCAGUUCGUCAUGGAGAACUCCCAGAAUGCUCCUCUGGUCCACGCCACUCUGGAGACGUUGCUGCGCUUCCUCAACUGGAUCCCGCUCGGAUACAUCUUCGAGACCAAGCUCAUCAGCACGUUGGUCUACAAGUUCCUGAACGUUCCGAUGUUCCGGAACGUGACGCUGAAGUGUCUGACGGAGAUCGCCGGCGUGAGUGUGAGCCAGUACGAGGAGCAGUUCGUGUCGCUCUUCACCCUCACCAUGUGUCAGCUCAAGCAGAUGCUGCCUCUGAACACAAACAUCCGCCUGGCGUACGCAAACGGCAAAGACGACGAGCAGAACUUCAUCCAGAACCUGAGUCUGUUCCUCUGCACGUUUCUGAAGGAGCACGGUCAGCUGAUCGAGAAGAGGCUGAACCUGCGGGAGACGCUCAUGGAGGCCCUGCACUACAUGCUGCUGGUGUCGGAGGUGGAGGAGACGGAGAUAUUUAAGAUCUGUCUGGAGUAUUGGAACCACCUGGCUGCAGAACUGUACAGAGAGAGCCCCUUCUCCACCUCCACCUCUCCUCUGCUCUCAGGGAACCAGCACUUUGAUGUCCCACCACGACGACAGCUCUACCUCCCUGUGCUCUCAAAGGUGCGGUUGUUGAUGGUCAGUCGAAUGGCGAAGCCGGAGGAGGUGCUGGUGGUGGAGAACGACCAGGGAGAAGUGGUGCGAGAGUUUAUGAAGGACACAGACUCGAUCAACCUGUACAAGAACAUGAGGGAGACACUGGUGUACCUCACUCACUUGGACUACGCAGACACGGAGAGGAUCAUGACAGAGAAGCUUCAUAACCAGGUGAACGGGACGGAGUGGAGCUGGAAGAACCUGAACACGCUCUGCUGGGCCAUCGGCUCCAUCAGCGGCGCCAUGCACGAGGAGGACGAGAAGAGGUUUCUGGUCACUGUCAUCAAGGACCUGUUGGGUUUGUGUGAGCAGAAAAGAGGCAAAGACAACAAAGCCAUCAUUGCCUCCAACAUCAUGUACAUCGUGGGGCAGUACCCGCGCUUCCUGCGGGCGCACUGGAAGUUCCUGAAGACGGUCGUCAACAAACUCUUCGAGUUCAUGCACGAGACUCACGACGGCGUGCAGGACAUGGCCUGUGACACGUUCAUCAAGAUUGCUCAGAAAUGCAGGCGGCACUUUAUCCAGGUGCAAGUGGGAGAAGUGAUGCCCUUUAUCGACGAGAUCCUGAACAACAUCAACACCAUCAUCUGUGAUCUACAGCCGCAGCAGGUGCACACGUUCUAUGAAGCAGUGGGCUAUAUGAUCGGAGCGCAGACAGACCAGGCCGUCCAGGAACACCUCAUAGAGAAAUACAUGCUGCUGCCGAACCAGGUGUGGGACAGCAUCAUCCAGCAGGCCACCAAGAACGUGGACAUCCUGAAGGACGCAGAGACGGUGAAGCAGCUCGGCUCCAUCCUGAAGACGAAUGUUCGCGCCUGUAAAGCCGUGGGUCAUCCCUUUGUGAUUCAACUCGGACGCAUCUAUCUGGACAUGCUCAACGUCUACAAGUGUCUGAGCGAGAACAUCUCUGCUGCCAUCCAGACCAACGGGGAGGCGGUGACGAAGCAGCCUCUGAUCCGCAGCAUGAGGACUGUCAAACGGGAAACUCUGAAGCUGAUCUCUGGAUGGGUCAGCCGCUCCAACGACCCACAGAUGGUCGGGGAGAACUUUGUCCCUCCCCUUUUGGACGCUGUGCUCAUCGAUUACCAGAGGAACGUCCCGGCGGCAAGAGAGCCCGAGGUCCUGAGCACCAUGGCAACCAUCGUCAACAAACUUGGCGGCCACAUCACGUCUGAGAUCCCACAAAUUUUUGACGCCGUGUUCGAGUGCACGCUCAACAUGAUCAACAAGAACUUUGAGGAGUUCCCGGAGCACAGGACGCACUUCUUCUACCUGCUGCAGGCGGUGAACUCGCACUGCUUCCCGGCGUUCCUGGCCAUUCCUCCGGCUCAGUUCAAGCUGGUGCUGGACUCCAUCAUCUGGGCGUUCAAACACACCAUGAGGAACGUGGCGGACACCGGGCUCCAGAUCCUCUACACUCUGCUGCAGAACGUGGCUCAGGAGGAGGCGGCGGCUCAGAGCUUCUACCAGACGUACUUCUGUGACAUUCUGCAACACAUCUUCUCUGUGGUCACAGACACCUCCCACACUGCAGGUCUGACCAUGCACGCCUCCAUCUUGGCCUACAUGUUUAACCUGGUGGAGGAGGGAAAGAUCUCCACGGCUCUGAACCCGACAGCAGCCACCAACAACCAGGUGUUCAUCCAGGAGUACGUGGCCAACCUCCUGAAGACGGCGUUCCCACAUCUGCAAGAUGCUCAGGUGAAGGUGUUUGUGACUGGUCUCUUCAGUCUAAACCAGGACAUUCCUGCUUUCAAAGAGCAUCUCAGAGACUUCCUGGUGCAGAUCAAGGAGUUUGCCGGUGAGGACACGACGGAUCUGUUCUUGGAAGAGCGUGAAGCGUCUUUACGUCAGGCCCAGGAGGAGAAACACAAAAUCCAGAUGUCUGUGCCUGGAAUCCUGAACCCUCACGAAAUCCCAGAAGAAAUGUGUGACUGA